UAGUGUGCAUCUCCUGUGUGGUUCUCUCUGUAUCUCAAAUUCGUAUUUCUUCCCCUGAGACUAUUUCUAUCCUUUUCUUUUUCCUGAGUUGCUGGAAUGUCUCCUUCAAGCUUUUUUAAUUAAACUUUUUUGAGAUAAGAUUCCAAGUUCUGAUUCUUUGGGCUGAAUGAGCUCCCAUGCCUUUACUAGAUAUUGCCACGGCUAAACCUUCCUUGCAAAGCCCUCUGGUUCCAGUGAGGGUUCAAGUUUUGUCAAAUCAAUGGAAAUCCUCCCCAUUUCCUAGGAGAAGCAAUUUUCAUUUGGGGCACCAGGAGAGCCACUGUGGAAAACUCCAGGUUAGAGCUGUUGCAACCCUCGAGCCAAAGUGCUCGAUUCCAAAACAAGACGGACUCAACAAUAAGUUACAGCUCGUUGGAGAUUCAAGCCCUUCAUCGACUCAGCCCGAACCUUUGGAGACUGGAGACUCGGAUGAUGAAUUGGACGAGAGGGAAAAGUUAAGGCGGAUGAGGAUUUCUAAAGCAAAUAAAGGGAACACACCUUGGAACAAAGGCAGGAAGCACAGUGCAGAGACGCUUCAGCGGAUAAGGGAGAGAACAAGGCUUGCAAUGCAGAGCCCUAAGGUUAAAAUGAAGUUGGUUAACCUUGGACAUGCUCAGAGCGAAGAGACGAGAGUGAAAAUUGGAGUGGGAGUCCGAAUGGGAUGGGAAAGGCGUCGUGGGAAGUUAAUGUUGCAGGAAACUUGCCACUUUGAGUGGAUGAACUUGAUUGCCGAAGCAUCUAGAAAAGGCUAUUGUGGCGAGGAAGAGCUUCAGUGGGAUUCUUAUAAGAUACUAGAUGAGCAGUUGACAAAGGAGUGGCUGGAAAGUGUUGAACAAAGGAAAUUGAUGCCUAGACCGAAAGGGAGCAAGAGAGCACCAAAAUCCCUUGAACAAAGAAGGAAAAUUGCAGAAGCCAUUGCUGCCAAAUGGGCCGAUCCAGAAUACCGUGAGAGAGUUUGCUCUGGGUUGGCUAAAUUUCAUGGCAUUCCAUCUGAGGCUGAAAGAAAACCGAAGAGGAAGCCAACAAGUGGUACACAAUGCAAACAGAUCCCUUUGAAACGGAAAGCUAGCGAUACAAUCGAUUCUUCUGCUAGUGAGACUAUAAGCCCAAUCGAGCUGAUAAGGAUACGAAGACGAAAUAAAUCACUUUACAAGGAUCCUAUGGCAAAUUCCAAGCUCGAGAUGUUGAAGAACAUACGAGCACAAAGAGCAGCUGAAGAAACAAAGAAAACUGAAGCUGUUGAAAGAGCAAGACUUUUAAUUGCUGAAGCUGAGGAGGCUGCAAAGGCCCUCGAGGUCGCUGCAAUUAAGAGCCCUGUUGCUCAAGCUUCCCUUGUUGAAACCAGAAAACUUAUAGCCGAAGCAAUUCGAUCAAUUGAAUCGAUAGAGAUCGGACAAAUUGCAUCCAACGAGAACACCAGAUACAUUUCUGUCGACUCGGUUGAACCGGUUAGCCAGGUGGAAAACAAAAUGCAAAUAGGAAACAUCCGUUCAAACGAAGCUGAACCGAAAGAAGUAAACGGGAACCAAUCCCUUUCAUUUAGCAAGCAUGAGGAGUUUAAUCUCCCUAGCUUCAUUUUCCCAAAGAUGGUGAAUGGCGAUAGCGAUGUACAACUUGCUUCUUCGAAUAACCAUAGUUCAUCGACUCUUGGCUUCGAUACUUUGAUCAAGUCGGAUUCAUCUAAGCAACACAACCCAUUGGAAACAAACGGGGCCAUCGAACACGAGAAGAAUCCUCCGGUAAAUGGAACCAAAGUUCAGUUGAAGGAUUAUGGUGUGCCUUCUAUAGCAGUCGCUGUAACCAAGAAAUGGGUUCGUGGUAAGCUUGUUGAAGUCACUGAAGAAGUUUCGUAAGGACCA